AUGUCGAGAAUCAUGGGAGCCAGAUCUCUUCCUUCAGAUAGUUGUCGAUCACUCUCUUCCCAGCCUUCGCUAUUUCAAGGAACCAGUGCUAAGAUUCCCAGCGGAUUUGAACUCGAGGUGAAGCGACUAUGCAAAUCGGGUGAGCUGAACCUUGAAGGUGCUCUUUUUUACUUCGAUAAGCUUAUCGAGACAAGACCCAUUCCUUCGGUUGUUACUUUUAACCAUGUGUUGGGUUCGGUCUCGAAGCUCAAAGGGUAUUCGGAAGUGCCGUCCAUGUAUAAGAGGAUGAGGGACGAAGGCAUGAAGUCCGAUUUGUAUACAUCGUCUAUCCUAAUCAAUGUUUUUUGUCAUCUGAAGAAAAUAGAUUAUGGUUUUGGUGUUUUGGGUGAUAUUAUGAAGAGAGGUCUGGAAGCCGACUCAGUAAUGGUCCAUACUUUGCUGAAAGGUCUGUGUUCGGAAGGGAAAGUGUUUGAUGCAGUUCAAGUGUUUGAUAAAAUGUCCGAGAAUGGGUUUUGUGGGGAUACUUUCAUUUACAAUUCUUUGAUUCAUGGAUACUGCAAACUAGGAAUGUGGGAAGAAGUUGCAAAGAUGAUCCAGAAAAUGGCACGAGAAGGGAUUUCACCAGAUGUUUAUACUUAUAGCAUUUUGAUUGAUAGUCUGUGCAAAGUCAAGAAGGUGAAUGAAGCGAUUCAAGUGUUCGAAUCCAUGUUGGAUCGAGGUAUCGAGCCCAGUUUGCAUACAUAUAUCUCGCUUUUAGCUGGUCUUUUUACGGUCAACAGGUCAAAGGAUGCCGUUGAGUUAUUUGAAUCAUUGAGGCAUGGAAACCUUCGGCCUAAUGCAGUUACCUACAACACAAUGAUCGUUGGCUAUUUCAAGCAUGGUGAAACUAAGGAGGCAGUGAAGCUCCUAAGAGAGAUGAUUCAUGAAGGGUUGAAACCUAACGAGUUUAUAUACACCACCCUUAUUCAUUUUGUAAGCCAAUCAGGAGAUCUGCAGGCUGCGCAAGGAAUCUUUGAUUCAGCAUACAAGUCUGGUCCGACUCCCCCCAUAUCUGCAUAUGGUGCCCUCCUUAAUGGUUUGAUAAAAAAUGGGAAAGUGGAAGAAGCUCGGAAAAAAUUUGAUGAAAUUCUAGGUAUGGGUUUGGUGCCUAAUGUUGUAACCUACAACACUAUGCUCCAUGGCCUCUGCAAAAGUAAGAAGCUAUCUGAAGCGAGAGAGUUGCUUGUUGAUAUGGAGGCAAAGGGUUGUCCUCCAGAUGCCAUUUCAUUCGACACAGUUAUUUGGGGUUUCCUUAAAUGUGAUGAGAUUGAAGAUGCAGUGCAACUUCUUGAGAGCAUGCUUGAGAGGAACUUCUCUCCCUGCAAGGCUGUUAAGUCCAAGUUAAGUCGCUUUUUCGCGGAUUCUAAGGGUCAUAGAGCUCUUCAGGCACCUCUUCAGGCACUUGUGGACACUUAUGGAAAGAAGAUCUUCGAGUAA